AUGAGCAGAACUUGCAGGGAGAUUGAGCGCAAUAUCCUACGUCUACUCCAUGGGCGCGAAACCCGAAAGCAGCUCCGUGAAAUCCACGCACAUUUCCUUCGCCAUGGACUUGACCAACUCAAUCAAAUCCUUUCACAUUUCGUCUCCGUUUGCGGGUCGCGAAACAAAAUGGCCUAUGCGAAUCGGGUUUUUAAGCAAACCCAGAAUCCCACUAUAAUCCUCUUCAAUGCAAUGAUUAAAGGGUAUUCUUUAAAUGGACCCUUUGAAGAGUCUUUCCAGUUGUUUUCUUCAAUGAAAAAUCGAUGUAUUUGUCCAGAUGAGUACACGCUUGUGCCUUUGCUUAAGGCGUGUUCGAGUCUUGGUGGGCUGAAACUUGGGAAACGUGUACACAAGGAGGUUAUUGGUGUUGGGUUCGAGGGCUUUAGUGCGAUAAGAAUUGGGGUCGUUGAGUUGUAUAGUUCUUGUGGGGUAAUGGAGGAUGCUAAGAAAGUGUUUGAUGAAAUGUAUCAGAGAGAUGUGAUUGUUUGGAAUUUGAUGAUUCGUGGGUUUUGUAAGAGAGGGGAUGUCGGUAUGGGGUUGUGUUUGUUUAGGCAGAUGAACAAGCGGAGUGUUGUUUCGUGGAAUAUCUUGAUUUCUUGUCUUGCACGAAUUGGGCGAGAUAGUGAAGCUUUAGCACUUUUUCAUGAAAUGAAGAAUUGGGGAUUUAAGCCCGAUGAGGCAACUGUGGUCACUGUUUUGCCUGUUUGUGCUCGAUUGGGUGCUUUUGAUGUUGGGCAAUGGAUUCAUUCUUAUGCAAAAUCAAGUGGGCUUUAUGAAGAUUUUGUGGCUGUGGGCAAUGCUUUGGUGGAUUUUUACAAUAAAUCUGGCAUGUUUGAGACUGCUGGAAGAGUAUUUGAUGAGAUGCCUCGAAAGAAUGUGGUUUCUUGGAACACUAUGAUCUCAGGUCUGGCUUUUAAUGGGAAUGGUGAACUCGGGGUUCAAUUGUUGGAGGAGAUGAUGAAUAAAGGCAUAAGCCCUAAUGAUGCGACAUUUGUAGGAGUUUUAUCGUGUUGUGCUCAUGCAGGGCUAUUCGAACGAGGGAGGAAAUUGUUUGCUUCAAUGGUGGAACAUCAUCAAAUUGAGCCAAAACUUGAACACUAUGGAUGCAUGGUUGAUCUCCUUGGGCGUAAUGGAUGUGUGAGGGAGGCUUAUGAUCUGAUUAGAAGCAUGCCUGAAGGAACUCCAAAUGCAGCUCUAUGGGGUUCCUUGCUUAGUGCUUGCCGUACUCAUGGCGAUGCAGAGCUUGCACAUCUUGCAGUAAAAGAGCUUAUUGAUCUUGAACCGUGGAAUUCUGGCAACUAUGUGUUGUUGUCGAAUAUGUAUGCAGAGGAAGAGAGAUGGGAAAAAGUUGAGAUUGUGAGAGGGAUGAUGAGGGAAAGGAAUGUCAAGAAGACACCAGGGCAGAGUGUUAUUGGAUAA